UCUGGCCAUGGCCAUGGGGCUCUUCCGGGUGUGUCUGGUGGUGGUGACCGCCAUCAUCAACCACCCGCUGCUGUUCCCACGGGAGAACGCCACAGUACCCGAGAACGAGGAAGAGAUAAUCCGCAAGAUGCAGGAGCACCAGGAGAAGCUGCAGCUGGAGCAGCUGCGCCUGGAGGAGGAGGUGGCGAGGCUGGCCGCCGAGAAGGAGGCCCUGGAGCGGGUGGCGGAGGAGGGCAAGCAGCAGAACGAGGCGCGUGCGGCCUGGGACCUCUGGAGCACCCUCUGCAUGAUCCUCUUUCUGAUAAUCGAGGUGUGGCGGCAGGACCACCAGGACGGGCCCUCGCCCGAGUGCCCGGGUGGUGAUGAGGACGAGCUGCAUGGGCUGGGCAGCACUCCACUGAGGGGCCUCACCCUGCCGGAUAAGGCCACGCUCAGCCACUUCUAUGAGCGCUGCAUCCGGGGGGUCACGGCAGACACUGCCCGCACCCGGGAAUUCAUAGAAGGAUUUGUGGAUGACUUGCUGGAAGCCCUGAGGAGCCUCUGCAACCGGGACACAGACAUGGAGGUGGAGGACUUCAUUGGGGUGGACAGCAUGUAUGAGAACUGGCAGGUGGACAGGCCGCUGCUGUGUGACCUCUUUGUACCCUUCACACCCCCAGAGCCCUACCGCUUCCACCCGGAGCUCUGGUGCUCCAGCCGCUCUGUGCCUCUGCAUCGCCAGGGAUAUGGCAAGAUCAAGGUGGUUCAGGCGGACGCUGAUGCGCUGGGCUGUGUCUGCGGCAAGACCAAGCUGGGGGAAGACAUGCUCUGUCUCCUCCACAGCAAGAACAACACGGUGCAGCCCAGUGGCAAGAUGGAAGAUCUGCUGUGCUCCAGAGAUUCCCUGCACCUGGACACCAUGCAAGUCAUGAAGUGGUUCCAGACAGCCCUCACCAGAGCCUGGCACCGCAUUGCCCACAAGUACGACUUCGACCUGGCCUUUAGUCAGCUGGACAGCCCGGGAUCCCUCAAGAUCAAGUUCCGCUCAGGGAAGUUCAUGCCCUUCAACCUGAUUCCUGUGAUCCAGUGUGAUGACUCAGACUUGUACUUUGUCUCCCACCUUCCUAGGGAGCCCUCUUGGGAGACUAUGGAUUCCAGCACGGAUUGGCUUUUGUCCUUUGCAGUGUACGAGAGACACUUCCUCCGAGUGACCUCAAAGGCGCUGCCCGAAGGCUCCUGCCACCUCAGCUGCUUGCAGAUUGCCUCUUUCCUGCUCUCCAAGCAGAGCCGUCUGACCGGCCCCAGCGGGCUCAGCACCUACCACCUGAAGACGGCCCUGCUGCACCUCCUGCUCCUCAGGAGAGCCACCGACUGGAAGGCUGGGCAGCUCAACGCUCGUCUGCAUGAUCUGCUCUGCUUCUUGGAAAAAAGCCUGCUUGAGAAAAAGCUCCAUCACUUCUUCAUUGGUAACCGCAAGGUGCCAGAGACCAUGGGACUCCCUGAGGCUGUGCGCAGAGCUGAGCCUCUCAACCUUUUCCGGACCUUUGUCCUGCAUCGAAGUCUCUACCGUAAGACAGUGGACUCCUUCUAUGAGAUGCUUAAGAACGCUCCGGCACUUGUCAGCGAGUAUUCCCUUCAUGUCCCCGUAGACCAUGCCAGUCUGCCCCAGAAAGCUGUCAUCUUGUAGAGCUUGUGGGACCAGGAUGUCAGGACGAUGGUAUCUCCCAUGUUCAUACUCUGGGGGCAUCUGCAAGCCCUGUCCUGGGAACAAGGCAGGCUUUAGUGAGAGCCAGUGCCAGUUAGCCAGGCCCUACACAGCAGAGGAAACGAUGUAAUUGGAAGCUGGUUUGCUCUCAUGACAUUGGGACCUGUUGGUAAAGCUCUUGUUUGGAUUUAGGGACUGAUCUUUUCCAGUUUACUUCUGGAUCACCACGAAUGGCCAAGAUGAUGACAGAACACUGUGGACACUGAGUUAGCAACAAUUCAACAAUUGGUCUGGGUGUAAUUCAUUUUCCAGGCUGUACUUGUAUCAAUAGGAGGGGAUCUACAAGAAUGCUGACAAGGACCUGUUCCAACAUCUCUAAUCCCAGGAAUCCUUGGCCCCAGCCAUCUGCAACUAAAGCGCGAACAGGGACAGAAUCUUUGAUCCUGCACAACAAUAGGGGUCCCACUAUGGCUGCCACUGUUUUAUACUAUUCAAAGAAAAGACCUGAUGGAGAUUUGAGGCCCCAAGUAGCAAAUGUCUGUCAUGGAAUGGGUACUUGGUGUCAGAGAGAAGCUUGAAAUUGGCUACACUUCUCACUCAGGUGCACCCCUUUCCACCCAGCCUGCUGUGUCCCAAGCACCAUCAGUGCCAUUUACCAUGCUGGGCCAGCUGAGCAGCCCCUCACCUCCCUUUAUUCCCCUUACAGAGGAGGAGGGCAGAUGCUGAUGGUAGAAGCUGACCUAGAGAAAAAGAUGCACACACAGGGUGGCUGGGAUAGAUGACAGCCUGGGCCCAGGGUGCCAGGGUCUGGCUGGCAGUCUGGCCCAGUUCAGAGAAGUUUCAGAGCCCAGGGGCAAGGGAUGCUGUACCUCUGGGUUGUCACAGGGUCCCAAUCCUAGGGCAGGGUGUGCUUGGAAGCAAGAGCUACUAAAGAACCCAGCUCCAGUCUACAAGCCCCAUCCCCCCACCCCCAUUCCUCACUGCCCAGAACACACACUGCAUAAACCUGGCUGACCUCUGAGAUGAUCCAGACCCAAAGAGCCUGGUGGAGAC